AUGACUUUCCAACCUGCGUUCGAGCAACGUGCUCUGGAGAAGCUGAAAGAGGAGUUCGGAGCCACUGUCAAACACCUCUUGAGGAUUCGAGCUGAUUGUGUCGCUUUUUACCAUAGGGAACUGGCAGCUGCAGACCUCGGCCCCAAUUUGAUCGAGAUUCCUGCGCAGACAAUCCAACCACCCAAAGCAAAGGCAGACGAACAAGCCAAAGCCCCACAGACCGGCUGA